GUUUCUAAUUCUCGCUUUCAUCUUAUUUCACUCCUUAAACUCUUUAUCUUUCUCUUAUAAUUUAUAUUAUCAUCAUAAAAAUUAAAUUAAAUACGUAAAAAUGGGGCAUGGAAAACACAAUUGAAGGAAAACAACUAGAAAUAAACUCAAUGUGUUAGUAGGAAAAUUCCAUGUGUCUCUUAUUAAUUGAAAGUAAGAACAACAUUAUCAAAAACAAGAAGAAUCAACUACAUUUAAAAAAAAAAAAAAAAAAAAAAACAAAAGAACCAAAGCACUGAUACAGUGUACUAAACAAGAGUACUCAUCGUGUAACUUCGUUGUUGAUUUCUUUCAUAGGAAAGCGAGGAAAAUGCAACCCUAACAGCCUGCAAAAGGCCACAAAAACAGAUUCACGUAAAGCAGCAAUCAUAGCGAAGCACGCUACCGCUGCUUAUAAAAAAUUUGACAAAAAACAAUGAAAACUCUCCUGUCUUUCGAAGAAUAAACCCUACUCCUUAUUCCUCUGCUUAUAUUCUCUUCUAAAGGAAACCUCAAUGUACUCCACUCUUGUCUUCUUCAUCUUUUAUCAAUUCCUUCUUGAAUGGUUGAAAUAAAAUCUAUAACUAUUUUGAUGCUCUUUCUCUCUACUCUUUCUUCUCAAAGAGCUUUCGCAUGCUCUUUUCACGCGCUUAUUUGCCAGUUUGGCUCCAGCAAACUAGCCUGGUACACCAUCAUUGCCUUGGCCUUGGCCUCGAUCUCCGAAGAAAACCACACAAGAUUAAAUUGCUUUAUUUUUUUCUUUUAAUUUAAUACCCUUAGCUUCUUUUUUCCUAACCAUCUUGUUUUUUUAAAAAAAACCUAAAGAAAGGCUGAAAAAUGGAAAAAUCGAAGAGAAAUGUGAGCGAGAAAAUGUUGUUACAAAAGCAGAACAAGAAUAAGAAAGGUGAUGAUAAAAAGAACAGGUUCUUGAUAAGUAUCAGUUUUCUUGGUAGUGCAGGACCUAUAAGGGUUGUGGUUAAUGGCGAUGAUCUUGUUUCUGGGAUCAUUAGCACUGCUCUAAAGAUUUAUGCUCGUGAAGGCCGGCUACCAGUUCUUGGCUUUGAUGUCAGUAACUUCCUUCUGUACUGUGUAAAUGCAGCUUCAGAUGCGUUGAAUCCAUGGGAACCAAUAGGUUCUCACGAGGGAAGGAGUUUUGUGCUGUGCAAGAAACAGCUGCAGCAAGAAACAACAGAGGUGAGGGCCGGGAUCACGGCCAAAAAACCAUCUGGCUGGAAGGCAUGGAUGGCUCAACAAGUCCUUAAAUUCUAAAAUAUUGUCUCCUAAACUAAAUUAAUUCAUUUUCAAUAUUGCAAUUAAUAACAAGUACGAACCAAGCAUCUUGUAAGUUUAUAAUAAAUGCCUGUGCUCAUUAUGAUUUGUGGCCAGGUGUGAGUUCUCCUGCCAUACCCUAAUUAAUUUAUACUUUGAUGCUUCUCUAGGGCAUAUACUACAGACAAUUCUGCCACAAUAUUGAAAGCUUUUGUCCUCUUUAUUCAAUUCAAAUAAUGUCUAUCUUAAUAGUU